ACUAAUAAAAGGUGACUAUUUGAGCUUGUUCAUAGAAGUAAAGGUAAAUACUAGGUAGACUGACUUGACGUACAGGCCCACAUGCUGCUAUGCUAUAUAUAACUGGAGAAUCUUUCGUCUUGGGCCACUUAUUAACAUGAGAGUGUAACUGUAGAUUACAGGAGACCAUGUGACCUCUGAAGCCCUGCUAACACAUCUGAUUGAGUGGAGAGCUUCCAUUGAAAGACCGACCUCAGCAACGGCAACACAUGGUGAGUCAACAUGAAACUUGUAUUUUCCAACCCGGGUUUGGAUCAACGGAUCCCCAGCUAUGAGGAUCUGGAGAGGAUGGAGCAGGAGGAGGUCGCUGACCGGCCGAAGUGGGACAACAAGGCCCAGUACAUCCUAACCUGUGUGGGCUUCUGCAUUGGGAUUGGCAACGUGUGGCGAUUCCCUUAUUUGUGUCAAACUCAUGGAGGAGGUGCUUUUUUGAUUCCCUACCUGAUCUUACUGGUGCUGGAAGGAAUGCCUCUCCUACUGCUGGAGUUCGCCAUCGGCCAACGUCUCAGGAAAGGCAGUGUGGGGGUCUGGAGGUCCAUCAACCCCUAUCUGACUGGCAUAGGUAUCGCCUCCAUGUUGGUGUCGUUGCUAAUCGGGCUGUACUACAACACGUUGAUAGCCUGGAUCUUGUGGUAUUUCUUCAACUCCUUUCAAGACCCAUUACCCUGGACCCAAUGCCCUCUCAAUGAAAACAGUACAGAAUUUGUACCUGAGUGCCAGCAAAGCUCCACUGUGGAUUACUACUUUUACAGAGUGACUCUGAACAGUUCGACCGCCAUAGACAACUCUGAGGGAGUCCACUGGCCCAUGGUGCUUUGCCUGUUUGCUGCCUGGACCGUCAUCUGCGUUGCCUACAUUCGAGGGAUCAGUACAUCAGGAAAGGCAGUUUACAUCACAGCCAUCCUGCCAUACGUAGUGCUGGCCAUCUUCCUGGUCCGAGGACUGACUCUGAAAGGUGCCCUGAGUGGAAUAGAAUACCUCUUCACGCCAGAUGUAAAUGAGUUGACUAAACCAACAACGUGGCUGGACGCUGGUGCUCAGGUCUUUUAUGCCUUCAGCAUAGCAUGGGGAGGCCUGAUCUCCUUCUCGAGCUACAACCCUGUUCACAACAACUGCAUGAAAGAUGCUGUGAUCCUGACUGCCGUGACCGGGCUCACCUCAGUCUAUGCUGCCACCGUCACAUAUACAAUCAUUGGCUUCAGGGCCACUGAGAACUAUGACACUUGUAUGAGUGAUAACAUCAAAACUUUAUUGAACACUUUUUCACUUCCUGAGGACAACAUCACUACAAACAACUACGAUGCUGUCUUUCAUGAGCUGAACAGCUCCUUUCCUGAUGUCGUUCUUGGACUGGACAUUCGAACCUGUGACAUGCAGAAACUUCUCAGUGAGGGAGUGGAGGGAACAGGUUUGGCUUUCAUCGUCUUCACCGAGGCCAUCACCAAGAUGCCCGGCUCCCCGAUGUGGUCCGUCCUGUUUUUCAUCAUGCUCCUCUGCCUGGGACUCUCAACUCUGUUUGGAAACAUAGAGGGAGUGGUGGUCCCACUGAAGGACUUGAAUAUGUUACCUAAAACAUGGCCUCAAGAAGCUCUGACAGGAGUGACCUGCAUCACAGCUUUUAUCAUCUGCCUGCUGUUUGCACAGCCUUCAGGAAUUUAUUGGGUGACUCUCUUCGACAACUUUGCUGGAUCAGUUCCCCUUCUUUCCAUUGGAUUAUUUGAGUUGAUUGCUAUUGUUUACAUCUACGGCAUCGACAGGUUCAACAACGACCUACAGUUCAUGAUCGGGCAUAAACCGUCCAUCUUCUGGCAGGUUUCAUGGCGGUUCAUCAGCCCUCUAAUCAUCCUGGUUAUUCUAGUUUUCUACCUGGUGACUCAAGCCCAACAAGAACUCACGUAUUUAGUCUGGGACCCUGAUUCGGAGGAGUUCCCUGUUCUGGCGUCGGUACCGUACCCGUCGUGGAUCAGUGUGGUUAUUUUUCUGUUGGCAGGAAUCCCCAGCUUGGCCAUGCCUGCGUACGCUUUGUGUCGGCUUGUCUUUGUCAGCUGCAAGCAGAAGAAAAAAGCCUUUAAAAACGUUGGUCCUGUUUUUUGAAGACGCACACGUUCAAGUUUGAAGCAAAUGAGCUUCAACAAUAUUUUAUGUUGAAGUGCAAGCAGGAGGUCUGAGUCUGUGUUUAUGUACAACUUUUUUAAGCAUUGUUUUUAUUAAAUUGCAAUACUAAGUUAAACAUUUCUUCUCACGUUUUGUGGAAUUUUGCACUGAUCUUUAAUCUGUUUUUCAAAAAAGAAAAAGAUGUACUUAUUUCUUCUCUUUAAGAUUUGUGUUGUUCAAUUGUAAUAAUUUUGUCAAUAAAAUCAGUUUGUCUCAUUGAAACAUGAAGAAACAUUAA